AUGAGUGAAGUGGAGGCGCGAGAGAUGGAGAUAUACGACUGGAAGAAGAAGGAGACAGAGUCGGAGUGCAAGCUGAAACAGCAGGAGAACCUUCUGGAGUCUCUGGUGAUGGAGCGGAACCUUUACAGCAAGAACCUCGUGGGAGCUCAGGAGGAGGUGUCAGAGCUGAAGAUGAAGAUGAAGAGCAUGAACGCCCAGGUGUCCCGUUUGAGGGAGGAGAUCUUUGGGAAGGAGCAGACCAUCGCCAAGGAGCAGCAGGAGCACCUGCGUCUGGACAAGGACAACGAGGCUCUCAGGGUCAUUUUCUAA